AUGAGAUUUGUAGUGACUAAAGGAAUAAUACUGUACCCCUCCCCCAACUUAGGAGGUUGUCCUCAACCUUCAAGACAGAUUCUUGGAUAA